UCAUAUAAAUAUCUCCACUAGAGAACUCCCUUUAAAAAGGAGACACACAGUUCCAACCCUCGGUCUCUUUCUCUCUCAGCAAACCCUCGCACCACAUUUUUCUCUUUUCCUGCAUUCUCUCUCCUCCAUCCCGCAGCGCAAGCAUAGGCGAGCCUUGCAGGAAAUUAAUUAAAAGCGAUGGCUGAGAUUAACAGACAACCCUCAGUUAUGCAGAAGGCCGGUGCUGGCCAACUCCACCUCACCAGUGGCCUAUCACAAAUCACCCAGCCUCGUUAUGGAGGUUUCCAAAACACUGCUAUGGUUCAGAGGCGUUUUGCUUAUGGAAACUACACUAAUGCUGCAUUGCAGAACCCAGCAUGCCAUGCUACCCAGGAUUUGUCUUUCGUCUCCAACAUCGGUGCACCUGUUGUUGCAUACGCUCCUGCUGAGAAAGGACCUGCUGCUUUUGCCAUUGAUUUUCUUAUGGGAGGAGUUUCAGCUGCCGUAUCAAAAACUGCUGCUGCCCCAAUUGAGCGUGUGAAGCUUUUGAUUCAGAACCAAGACGAGAUGCUUAAGGCUGGUCGUCUGUCUGAACCUUACAAGGGCAUUGGUGAUUGUUUUAAGAGAACAGUUGGCGAAGAGGGUAUGAUUGCCUUGUGGAGAGGAAACACUGCUAAUGUCAUCCGUUAUUUCCCCACUCAGGCCUUGAACUUUGCCUUCAAGGAUUACUUCAAGAGAUUGUUCAAUUUCAAGAAGGACAGAGAUGGUUACUGGAAGUGGUUUGCUGGUAACUUGGCUUCUGGUGGUGCUGCUGGUGCCUCUUCCUUGUGCUUUGUCUACUCUUUGGAUUAUGCCCGUACUCGUCUUGCAAAUGAUGCCAAGGCUGCCAAGAAGGGAGGAGGAGACAGGCAAUUUAAUGGUCUUGUUGAUGUUUACCGCAAGACCAUGGCAACAGAUGGUAUUGCUGGGUUGUACCGUGGAUUUAACAUCUCAUGUGUGGGUAUCAUUGUCUACCGUGGUUUGUACUUUGGGCUGUACGAUUCAGUGAAGCCUGUUGUUUUGACCGGAAAUUUGGCGGAUAGUUUCUUUGCUAGUUUUGCUCUUGGUUGGCUCAUCACCAACGGUGCUGGUCUUGCUUCUUACCCAAUUGAUACCGUCCGAAGAAGAAUGAUGAUGACCUCCGGUGAGGCUGUGAAGUACAAGGGCUCAUUCGACUGCUUUGCUCAGAUCCUCAAGAACGAGGGUGCCAAGUCUCUCUUCAAGGGUGCUGGUGCCAACAUCCUUCGUGCCGUUGCUGGUGCUGGUGUGUUGGCCGGUUAUGACAAGCUUCAGGUCAUUGUCUUCGGAAAGAAGUACGGUUCUGGUGGUGCUUAAGUCUAAAGCCCCCGACAACUUCGGUGGUAGAUGUUGAUGAAAAUUUAUUUUUUUGGGGGAAGUGGUAUGGGAUUAAGAGGUGGGCAGUUUUUAUAUACUCGAAAAAGUUUGAAUAAUAAUGUAGGGUUUUAAGACUUUUUAGAGGGACUAACCCCACAGUUUUCCCUGAGAAUUCUUGCUCGGAUUAAAAUAUUUGUCCUUGUGGAGCAUGUUUGGAAUUUAUUGCUCCAUGGAGUUUUUCUGAAUUAGGUAUAUGAGGUCAAAUUUUGUUUAUGUCUGAAUUCAGAACUAUUGUGGCCUUCCAUUGAAUGGAAAGGAAAAAGCUCAUUUUUUUUCA